AUGGCCUCCCGCAUUCUGACUCUGCGGGACCGCCAGAUAGCGUCGAUCGAACGCAUACUGAGCCUGAACCACGACCCGUCAUCUACCUCAAAUGGCGAUGGCACCGUCAGCCCACCAGCGGCUUCGCUCCUGAACGAGGACGGAGAACCUAUAUGGAAAGUUCUUGUAUUUGACAACCUUGGACGAGACAUAAUCAGCAGUGUCUUGCGGGUAAAUGACCUGCGGAGCAAAGGAGUAACGAUACACCUAAACAUAAAUUCCCCUCGCUAUCCCAUACCCGAUGUUCCUGUCCUGUACCUCGUCGAACCUACUCCGGUCAAUAUCCAGCUCAUAUGCUCCGAUCUGGCCCGAGGGCUGUACUCUCCAGCCUAUGUCAACUUCAUCUCCUCGAUAUCUCGACCACUACUCGAAGAAUUUGCCGCCCAGAUCGCGUCCACAAAUACCGCAGACUCCAUCGCCCAAGUGUAUGACCAAUACCUGAAUUUUGUUGUUGCCGAACCGGAUUUAUUCAGCCUGGCUAUGGGAAAAGAGUCCUAUUGGACGUUUAACAGUGCCAAAGCAGAAGCUGAGGUUCAGGAUGCAGCUAUAGACAGGAUUGUGAGCGGGCUCUUCAGCGUCAGUGUGACAAUGGGGUCGGUGCCAAUUAUACGAUGUCCCCAGACCGAGCUGGCCAAAAUGAUCGCAACCAAACUGGACCGAAAACUAAGAGAUCAUGUCCUCAACUCCAAAGAUAACUUGUUCUCAGCAAAAGGAUCCGCCGCCAAUCUAUACUCCGCACCCUCGCGACCUGUUCUAAUAAUCCUAGACCGUAACAUCGAUCUGGUCCCGAUGUUAUCUCAUUCGUGGACGUACCAGUCCUUGGUUCACGAUGUCCUGAAAAUGCACCUCAAUCGGAUUACGGUAGAUGUUGGCGAGGAGGGUGACGCGCCCGCAAAACCCCGAGCAUAUGACCUUAAUGCAAGCGACUUCUUCUGGGCGCGCAAUGCAAGUGCACCUUUCCCUCAGGUCGCCGAAGACAUCGACCAAGAACUCACAAAAUACAAGACCGAUGCAGAAGAGGUGACCAGAAAAACAGGCGUCAACAGCAUCGAAGAUCUCAACGACAGUUCAGCUUCGGCAGCCCACCUGAAAGCAGCAAUAACACUACUGCCUGAGUUGCGAGAGCGCAAAGCCACGCUGGACAUGCACAUGAAUAUUGCGACCGCACUGCUCAAAGGCAUCAAGGAUCGCCAACUCGACAACUUCUUCCAGCUGGAAGAGACCAUUACCAAACAAACCGCCGACCAAAUGCUUUCUCUCAUCAAAGCGGACGACAAGGGUAACAACCCGUUGGACAAGCUGCGAAUAUUCAUCAUCUGGUACCUCAGCGUCGACAGGGAACCCUCGAAAUCGGAACUCUCGGAAUUCGAGUCGGCACUCACAGCCGCCGGUGUGGGAGAUGCCGUGACAGCAAUCAAACAUAUCUCCAACGUUCGUCUGGAAACACGAGGGACGAUGAUGAGCUCCACAGCCCCAUCUCAGCAACCGUCCUCACAAGCGCCGUUGUUUGGUGGCCUCUCCUCCCUCUCCAAAAAUUUCACCGAAAAGCUCUCUUCCACUGCACUCGGGAACACUUUCAGCACCGUAAAUCUUGAAGCCCUCGUUUCCGGAGUGAAGAAUUUUUUGCCGGCGAACAGGGAUCUCACGGUGACAAAGAUAGUUGAGUCAAUUAUGGAUCCUCCGGCCGCGAGCUCAAGCGCCAUCGCCAUGACCGAGGGAUAUCUAUAUUUUGACCCGAGAAGUGCACAUGCACGGGGGAUUCCUGGCACGGCAAGCGGCUCGAACCCGCCGUCGAGAGACGGGAGGGCAGGCCCUGGUGGUCAACCGGGUGGCGCAGGUGUGAAUCCCAGCUUUGGCCAGAGGAGGCAGGGGUAUACGGAGGCCGUUGUCUUCACUGUGGGAGGAGGCAGCAUGGAUGAAUACGGCAAUCUACAGGAAUGGGUCAAGCGGACAAGUGGGCUUGGAGCCGCCGGUGGUGGUGGCGGAGUAGGCGCCAAUGCCCCCAGGACAAGGAGGGUCGUCUAUGGGAGCACCGAGCUGGUCAAUGGGGAGGACUUUUUGUCCGAGUUGGUGAGGCUAGGACAGGAACUUUAA